CUUCGGGUGCGUUGCAUCCCCUCACCACCUGGUCAGGUGGCGCUGGGACCCAGCUCCAGCCGAUACAGAUAAGCCGGCACCAUUCCCCCAACAACUCGCAAGCGGAAAGCCGCUGAGGCGACGAUAUCCUCUGCUGCCACCGCCCCGAACAAGAGGAUCCUCGCCUCAGCUGGCCCUGCCACAGCGCCUCCCACCCCUCUGACGACGGCUUCCAACGGCGCCAUGGAUUCGGACGACGACUUCAUGUCGACUGUCUCCAGCGAGGACGACAUGCUGCCCGAUGACAGCGACAACGACAUGUCUGGCGAUGAUGACUUCGCCUUCGACGACGAACCAGACGUGUACAUUGACUCGCAAAAGGAGACGGGGCACAAGAAGAAGGCCGCAUACGACAUUAGCUUCAAAGUCUAUGAGCCAGGUGACAUAACGAAGCAACAAGAUGACCUGAUAAACGAGGUCAACAUGAUCCUGGACAUCUCGAAAGAAGAAGCAGCCAUCCUUCUGCGGCACUUCAGGUGGAAUAAGGAGAGGCUGAUCGAGGACUACAUGGAUCGGCCGGUCCAGGUUCUUGAUGCCGCCGGCCUUGCCCAGACAGCGGCUGGCCCCCCCAGGAUGCAAGUUGUCCCCGGCUUCGUGUGUGACAUCUGCUGCGAGGAUGAGCCCGGGCUGCAGACGUUCGCUCUCAAGUGCGGCCACAGGUAUUGCGUCGACUGCUACCGUCACUAUCUCUCGCAGAAGAUUCUCGGAGAGGGGGAGGCAGCACGUAUCCAAUGCCCCGCCGAGGGUUGCAACCUCAUCAUUGACGCCCGGUCGCUGGAUCUCCUCGUCACGCAGGACCUCACCGAACGCUAUCACGAGCUGCUCCACAGGACAUAUGUGGAAGAUAAAGAGACGCUGAAGUGGUGCCCGGCCCCGGAUUGCGAAAACGCGAUCGAGUGCGCGGUCAAGAAAAAGGACCUUGACAGGGUGGUUCCCACGGUUUCCUGCCUCUGCGGUCAUCGGUUUUGCUUCGGUUGCGCCUUGAACGACCACCAGCCGGCACCGUGUGAGCUGGUGAAGAAGUGGCUCAAGAAGUGUGCUGACGACUCCGAGACUGCUAACUGGAUCUCCGCGAACACGAAGGAAUGCCCGAAGUGCAACAGCACGAUCGAGAAGAACGGCGGUUGCAACCACAUGACUUGCCGCAAGUGCAAGCACGAGUUCUGCUGGAUGUGCAUGGGCCUCUGGUCCGAGCACGGCACGAGCUGGUACAACUGCAACCGAUACGAAGAGAAGAGCGGCGUCGAGGCUCGAGAUGCCCAGGCUCGCUCGCGCGUGUCGUUGGAGCGAUACCUGCACUACUACAACCGCUAUGCCAACCACGAGCAGUCGGCCCGCCUGGACAAGGACAUCUACACCAAGACGGAGAGGAAGAUGGUGCAGCUGCAAAAGGAGUCCGGCAUGUCGUGGAUCGAGGUGCAGUACCUCAAUUCGGCCUCCCAGGCGCUCCAGACGUGCCGGCAGACCUUGAUGUGGACAUACGCGUUUGCCUUCUACCUCGCCCGCAACAAUCUGACCGAGAUCUUCGAGGACAACCAAAAGGACCUGGAGAUGGCGGUCGAGGCCUUGUCUGAGAUGUUCGAGCGACCUAUAACGGAGCUCGCCGACUCUAAGCUCAAGGUGGAGAUCAUGGACAAGACGUCGUACUGCAAUAAGCGACGGGUGAUCCUCCUGGAGGAUACUGCCCAAAACCUCGCUGAAGGACGCUGGACCUUCAACGUCGAGAUGACCGGCUCGGGGGCUAACGGCGGACCCAGCUCUCGGCGCUAGGAGAGGUUGCUCGCUCUUGCGCGGUUCCAGCUGUAAGCACGCAGCCGCGAGCUGUUUACGGUCGAGCAACGAUUGAGGCUGUUACCCGCGACAAAUACAGAUUUGAUUGACCUUUUGGCCUGGGGUGGUGCGGUGCAUUCGGGGUUCGCUAGAGCCCACU